AACAGCCGUAAUUGGACAACUUGACAGCGUGUUUGGACAAACGCAGGCUCCUCCACUGGGCAUGCUCCAUCUGCUGUGAGGGAAGAGCUGGGCACGGUGUGAAUAACAGGCAGUUUGGGCGUUUUUUUUUCUUUUUUUGGAGGAGGACUGUCGCCCUCUCAUCUGCAUCUGAUUUAGUUAUUCAACCACACACAGCACAUAAAGAGCUUCUUCCUCACGUCGAAUACACCAUGGAUGUUUUCUUCCUAGCAAUGUAUGAAUGACAGGGGAAAGUCCCUGAGGAGGAGAUCAUCUCUCCGCUGAGACAAAGACCUGCUGCAGCCCACAGCGUCGUUACACGCAGAGAAGGAGCGGGGCUGCGCGUCGGUGUGAAGGAGGUGAGUCUGUAGGCAGCAACAAACAGAGGAGGCAGAGGAAGAAAGCAGAGCCGAGGCUCCAUCAGGCGCUGUCCACUCAGCACCACCGCAGUCACCUUGCUGUGAAAGUCACAAACCUGCUCAGGACUGAUCGGAUCAAUCAAACAGGAACUUAGGGAAGUCUAAUGAGCUGGCGCGAGGGAACGGUGCCAGCUUUUUUAUCUCGACAUCUUGGAUGUAGCGACGAUGUGACGUCCAUUCUUGAUGUGAUGCCAUUGGCUGCCAUCAUUUUGGAUUUCGAUUCUAUACCCUCCAGUGAGUCCGGCAGCUAUACACGCUGAGGAUCCUCCAGUUGCAUGACAGGUGAUUGUAGAAAAUACAGGGGACUAAAUGGGGAUGUAGCCUGCGCGUCAAGCUUUUCUUUCAUACUUAUGAGACACGACAGGUUGCUUCACGCGCUGCUUUUCCUUAUAUAAUUGUUGAUUUCUGCUGUGCACGAGGACACGGUGCGCCUGGACUUACCUUUGCGAUGAAGGGAACUUAUUGGAGAAAUGCCUAGGGGACGCAAUGGGCCUGAGCGACGACAAGGAUCGCAUUGUGAUAAACGUGGGAGGGAUCAGACAUCAGACAUACCGCAGCACCCUGCGCACCCUACCUGGCACUCGCUUGUCCUGGCUGGCCGAGCCUGAUGCCCCAAACCACUUUGACUAUGAUGCCAAGAUCGAGGAGUUCUUCUUCGACCGCCACCCUGGCGUUUUUGCACACAUCCUUAAUUACUACAGGACAGGUAAGCUGCACUGCCCGGCUGAUGUCUGCGGGCCCCUCUACGAGGAGGAGCUGGCCUUCUGGGGCAUUGAUGAGACAGACGUGGAGCCAUGCUGCUGGAUGACCUAUCGCCAGCACCGGGAGGCGGAGGAGGCCCUUGAUAGUUUCGGCGGGGGGGGCUUGUUAGACCUGGUGAACGAGGAUCUGGAGCCUGAGCCGGAGCAUGCUGAGGAUGAUGUGGAUGAGAUGACAAGGGGGCUGGCGCAGGUAGACACACAUGACGCCAGGAGUGGAAGCCUGUGGAGCCGGUGGCAGAAACGUGUUUGGGCUCUGUUUGAGGACCCUUACUCCUCUAAAUAUGCAAGGUGGGUGGCUCUGGCCUCACUCUUCUUCAUUUUGGUGUCCAUCACCACCUUCUGUCUGGAGACCCAUGAGGCUUUCAACCCCAUCAUCAACCGCACUGAGCAUGAGUUGGUGGACAACAUCACAAUAGAGCACACCUACCAGGAGACAGAGACUGCGGCCUACCUCACCUACAUUGAAGGAGUUUGUGUGGUUUGGUUCACUUUUGAAUUUCUAAUGCGAAUAACUUUCUGUCCAAAUAAAUUUGACUUCAUACGGAACGCCCUGAACAUCAUCGACUUUGUUGCCAUCCUACCCUUCUACCUAGAGGUCGGCCUCAGCGGCCUCUCUUCCAAGGCAGCUAAAGAUGUGCUGGGUUUCUUGAGAGUGGUCCGCUUUGUUCGAAUCCUGCGUAUCUUCAAGUUGACCCGUCACUUUGUGGGACUGAGGGUGCUGGGCCACACCUUGAGGGCCAGCACCAAUGAGUUCCUGCUCCUCAUCAUCUUCCUCGCCCUCGGUGUCCUCAUCUUUGCUACCAUGAUCUACUACGCUGAACGAAUUGGAGCUAACCCUAAUGACCCUCGAGCCAGCGAACACACGCACUUCAAAAACAUCCCGAUAGGAUUCUGGUGGGCUGUGGUGACCAUGACCACCCUCGGCUAUGGAGACAUGUACCCUCAGACGACCUCUGGCAUGCUGGUUGGAGCCCUGUGCGCCUUGGCUGGUGUGCUUACUAUCGCCAUGCCUGUCCCUGUAAUUGUCAACAACUUUGGAAUGUAUUACUCCCUAGCCAUGGCAAAACAGAAACUACCAAAGAAAAAAAAUAGGCAUAUCCCUCGGGCACCACAACCAGGUUCUCCAAACUUCUGUAAGUCCAGCAUCAGCUCCCAACAUCAGAGCCCCCUCGCCCAUGACGACGUUUUUGAGAUUAAGUUUCAAGAUUCCAAGCUGAACGGUGAGGCAGCUAACGCAGCUCUGGCCAAUGAAGAUUGCCCUCACAUAGAUCAGGCCAUAUCUCCCGAGGAAAUUUUCAGCCCCAGUGAGAGAGAGCGGCCCUGCUUCCUGGUCACGACUGCUGAACGCCCCAACCAUACGGGGGGCAGAGUGAGGAGGGAGACCCAGCGACAGCACCGGAGCAGACAACCAACAGAGUCAGUUUGUGUUAUGAACCAUGGUGUACCUACCACUAUGUGUAUGACCCAUAAUGGCCCAUCACCCACCUGAUAGUGCUGUAGCAUUGUUGUGUGUAUUACUUAGUAUUUUUAAAUGGGUGUGACAGUGACAACCUGUGCAUCACAAACUCAGCAUAGAUGUAGCACUGAGGAAGUUUUGUUGUCAAGCCUUAUGUAGCUCAGUUUCUGUGACUGGUUACUGUGUUGUAAUUUGUGUGCCUAUUUUUGGUGUGUGCCAGUGCUGUAUAUACGCUUUUUUGUGUGCUGAAGUUGUGUGUACCAAUGUUUUUGAGUGAUCAUCAAAUAUUUGUGUGCUUCUUCUGUUCAAAGAAAAAAAAAUGUUGCUCCGAUCUUAAUCACCAACCCUAUGCCCCACGACUCAAGCAAAAACCUGUCACUUGUCAUGUCAGCCAGACUAAACAGCUAAAAACAAAAUGUUAACUUUGCACUGUCAUGGUCACAUCUUUCUAGACUUUUGCACUGUUUUGCACCAGUGAACUUUUUACAUUCCUUUGAUAUGUUUUCAGGCAUUUAAGGGAUGAUAUCCACAAAAAUGAAAAGGCCAUGCUAAAAACACUUAUACUAAUGAGGCAUUAAAAUAGCGUGCUAUUAGAAAUUAGUGAAUUUAACUAGCUUUGCAAAUCUCAUUUAAGAUGAUUAGAAAUAGAAUAACUGAUAGUGAACACUAACUGAAUGUUUACAUAAUUUCACAUUUAUCCUUUAAUAAUCCAUUGGUCAGACCCCAAAAUAUCAGCACCACUUAAGGUGGCAAAGGUUUAUAAUAACAGUCCAUGUUUGUAGUUAUGGUAGACUUUCCUGAGUGGUAGCUGAGUUAUAGUUAUCAGCUGAUGAUGUGAGCCACCCCCUAUUGAAGAUUGCCAUUAAGCUGUGGUAAAUAUCUUGGUUUAGGCUCAAGGCGAAGACAUGUUUUGAUGUUUGAAAUUAAUGUGUUUGGUCUCAUUUUAAAGGGAGUCCUCUAAGCAUUCACUCAAACCCAAAGUCAAUAUACUAAUGUUGAAAUUACCACUUAACUAGUCAAUAUUUAUUCCAUGUUGUCCUUGUUCCGUUUGUCUUCAUAUGUCAAACUCUGGAAGCAGUGUAAGCAAGAGUCACAUUCCUUGUUUGUGUUCACAUACCUGACCAAUUAAACUGACUAGAGACUUGCCCGGGACUCUUUUCAUAAUCCUGCAGCGUGUGCCAUCCACUCCCAUCUGCACCUGCAACAGGUGUGUCAAAUCCUGCCCGCAUCGUACACAGAUUCUGACAAUCCAUGAAUGUGUUCACUUAAGCACCACCAUAACAAAAUUUCCUUCCCGAAUGAAGGAAAACUCAAAGAAAACAACCACAACACUCACAUCCUCAUCAUGCGUAAAGGUGCCAUACAUGGAUAAAGGAGCAGCUCAGACUAAUUUAACUCCUUGUUAUGGCUUAGUAAUAGCAAUGUAAUAGCAAUUUAUUGAUCAUCCAUUUUAAAGUCAUACAGAAGUGGAAUUGUUUCCUGAUCUCUAUAAAGUUUGUGCAUCAUAAAAACUGCAGAGCAUGUACAUCAGCUCUAUUAAACAGUAAACUAAUCCUUAGUCUCUAACACCAUAUUACCAUCCUCAUUAUUAGAUUUUUAAUGCAAUAAGACCAAUUUGGCAUGGAAAGGGGUGUUUUUUCCCCCAAAUAACUGCAUAAUGGCUCAGCGUCUCUGCAGGAAGCUAUGCAUUUGCGGGGAUUGGCCUAGAACAUAAUAAGAGGAGCAUUGAAGCUGUGCCUUUUCAAUUAUUUACAAAGUUUUUGUGCACACGCUUUAUUGUGGAGCCUUAACAAAGCAUCACACCAUUUGGGGUGAGAAGAGCAGACACACAUUCAAACAUGUUUACGCAGCGCUGUCAAUUACAACUGACAAAUAACAGAAGAUAAACCUUGAUUUCUAACACCAAUGUGCGACACAUCUCCAGUAUUAUCUUUGUUAAUAUGAGCAUAGAGAAGUGCUUCAAAGAGGGCUUACUUUGAUCAGGGAUCGUGGAGUAGGUGUAUCAUCAUAUCCAGGCGUGCCAAAUAUGUUUCCUUGUGGGUGUGUUUCAACAAAUUCCAGUUAUUGUUAAAAGAAAAACCAGAGUCAUCAGCCCAGUUUAGUUUCUGUCUUUUAAUGUGUGUUGGAGCGUUGUGGUGGAUUGAGCGUAUUUGUUAAAUAAGUGAUGUAAUGGGGGAUCAAGGAUCAAGGAUCAAGGAUAUCUUUAUUAUCCCCGAGGGGUAAUUUGCUUCACAGCCAGCAGUACCAUACAAGCAAUUUCACUCAAAAUAGGAAUAAAAUAAAAGUUCAAACACAUAGGAAACAUUCAAAGACACAGAAAACAAUGGCAAUGGCCUCAAAAUAAAUAAGUCGUGGGCAAAUUUCACCUUGAACUAUUUAAAAGGCUAAUGGCAGUCGGGAUAAAAGAAUUCUUCAGUCUGUUUGUCUUGCAUGAUGGAAGGACACAUCUGCGUCCAGAGGGGAGCAGUGUGAACUCCUUAAAGAGUGGAUGGUCUGGUUCACCAAGGAUGGACUGGGCUUUUUUAAGAGAUCUGAGUUUAAAUAUGUCAGUCAGAUCACUCAGAGUAGUGCCUGCAAUUUUGCAGCAGGUUUUAACUAAGCCUAGCAGCCGAUUUUUGUGAACCAUAAAAACAGAUAAAAGAGAAUGUAAGAACAGAUUCAAUAAAACAAGAGUAAAACAUUUUCUGAAAAGUACUGUCCAUGUUAAAAUUCCUUAAAAUCUUUGGUUAAUUUUCUUGCAGACAGCAUCUACCUGAGGCUCAAAGUUCAUUCUGUCAUCCACAACAGUACCCAGGUAUUUAUACUGGCUCACUUUCCCCAUGGACUAUCCAUUAAUCAACAAAGGAGAAAUGGCAAUGGGAUUCUUCCUAAAAUCCACAGUCAUUUCUUUUGUUUUUAAAACAUUAAUCUUUAAAAAGGAUUUGUCACACCAUUCCAUAAAAUCAGUUAAAAUGGGACCAUGAUCUAGGUCAUCGUUAGAGAGAAGUGACACAAUCACAGAGUCAUCAGCAAAUUUAAUUAUGUGUCGCUUCUCAUACUGACUCCGACAUUCGUUUGUGUAUAAAACAAAUAAAAGCGGUGAGAGGACACAUCCUUGAGGUGAGCCAGUAGAAGAAAUGCUAAAAUCUGAUAAAAUACCAUUAACGCUCACGCGUUGAGUCCUUCCAGUUAAAAAAUCCAUUAGCCAGCUUAUCAGACCAAGAUCAAUCAAUUUUUUCUGCUAAAAUGUGGGGCUGAAUAAUGUUAAAAGCUGAGGAGAAAUCAAUAAAAAGUAAACGUGCAAAAGUCUUUACUCCCUCAAGGUGAGUUAAAAUUAUAUUAAGAAGUGUGGCAAGAGCGUCGUCAACACCCCUGCCAGGUCUGUAUGCGAACUGAAGGGGGUCAAGUUCAGCGUUGACAAUGUUUGAAAGCUCAUCUUUAACAAUCCUUUCAAAAGACUUCAUUGCUAAAGAGGUAAGAGCUACAGGCCUGUAAUCAUUUAGUGACUUUGGUGCACUAGUUUUUGGCACAGGUACAAUAAUAGAAUCCUUCCAAAGGCUAGGUACUCUAAAAAGUUGAAGGGAUUGGCUAAAAAUGAAACUAAAAAUGUCUGACAGUUGUGCAGAACAAUUUUUAAGAACACGACCACCAAGACCGUCAGGGCCAGGACGUUUCUUUUCCUUAAUGCCAUGAAAAAAUUUCUGAACUCUGGCCUUAUCCACAGGGAUGCAGGGCAGUUCAGAAGAAUGAUCUACAUUUUUAAAAGCAGAGAUCUCAUCACUAAAAUCAUGGACAUUAAAACGGUUAAAAAAGGUGUUCAGUUCAUUAGAGAGGUCAGAGUCAGACAUCCCAUUAAAAGAAAUAAAACUUUUCUUGGGCUGCAUCCCCAUCAUGGUUUUAACCCCCUCCCAUGUAGGCCGAGAGUUACCAGAGGUUAACAUGUUCUGCACUUUGUCGCUGUAAUUGAGCUUUGCAAGUUUCAGCUCUUUUUUAACCUGCUUCUGAAAGACCCGAUACCGAGCCUCAUCUCCCUGAAUGAAGCUGAUAUUUCGCUGAACGAUUGUUUGUUUUAUAGAUUUUGUGAUCCAAGGUUUGUUAUUUGGAUAAAGGAGGACAGAUCUCUGGGGAUGACUAAAUUCUCACAGAAAUUAAUAUAAGAAAACACAAUUUCAGUCAAUUCAUCUAGGUCUGUGCAAGAAUAUUUAAACAUGUCCCAGUCCGUACGAUCAAAACAUUCCUGCAGACAGCAAAUAGAGUCCUCCAACCAGGCUGGAACCAAUCUUCGUUCCGGCUUGUGUCUCUUCAGGACAGGUUUGUAUGACGGAACUAAAUAAACCGUGUAGUGAUCCGACAUGGCAAGUGGAGCUCUCUUAUGGGAUUUAUAAGACGGGGUCCGGAAGGGGGGCAAACUGACGCACAAGGCACAACAAUUUGAAAUUUAUUCCAAAUUUGUACAUAUUUAUGAUUUUUUGAUGGCACCAGUUUUGAACCAGUACAAGCAAGAAGUCUUCUGAGAGGUAUCAAGUACAAUAGGAGCAACAGUGUGGUGUGCAAAUCGAGACAGACACAGACACGCUGCUAAUUAUAGUAGUAAGAUUCUGAUUCCCACCAAAGAUAGCUCAGCUGCUACUUCUGCCAGUCAAUCACAAAUCUCUAGCUUGAAUCAUUCAGAAGAUUAACUUCUUCCACAGAAAUACUUAAAGUAAUGCAUGCUUACAGAAUCACUGUAUGACUUUGUGAAGUAUUGUUCCUUAUCUUUACAAUACUGCUAUGGUUAUUAUAUUUUGAAAUAUUCAGUGUUUUAUUAAACAUAGAAAAGAUAUUUUGAAAUGACAAAAUUAACCAAAGUAUAUUCACUGAUGGCAAUGAUUUCUUUAAACUCUGAAAUAUAAAUCACCAACUACCUGGAUUAGGAGCUUAUCUGGUAUUGCUAUAAUUUGUGGCUCACAAUAUCAUCUCACAAUGAAAAAGUGUGGGUAAGUGUGGGCAAUUAAUCACAAAUUAGAUUAAAUCGCCGUUUGGCCUGCUGCAAUUUACAAAUCGCAGAAGUUGCAAUAUUUCUUUAACUUGAAAUGUUUCAAAAUACCAGCUUGACAGAUUCAUUUUGCAUCAGCAGCAGGGAUUUUGUGCACAUUAUGCAAUCAUUCAAGUGUCAACACAGUGGUCCAUUUAAAUAUGAUGUACCUCUCACUAAUCCCUGCUUUCAUCAAUGCUGAUGCACCACACCGCUGGGAAAACUUCGCC